AUGCGACUUUGGCAGACUGUUGUUCUUUACCUGUUCCUGUGCAUUGGCGCCUGUUGGGCACUACGGAAACAGGGCGUUGCCGUUCGUGGAGUGCUGAAAUGUGGUCCCACUCCUUCCAACUACAGCAAAGUUCGCAUUGUUGACAUCGAUUACGGACCGGAUCCAGAUGAUACACUCGAUGAGAAGAGAACGGAUGAGCAUGGUCGUUUUGAAGUAACUGGAACCACGCAUGAAUUGACACCUAUCGAUCCUGUGUUGUAUAUUUGGCAUGAGUGCAGAGAUGAGCAAACAGUGAGUUGGGUACAGGUGUAA